AUGCUUAAGAAGAAGUACCCAGACAACCAAGUGUCAGUAGUUGAGACUCUCACGGCAAAGUAUGGCGAGGCUGCUGUUGCCAAAGGUCUCGUGACUGCGAAGCGAGCCACAAACUCGAAAGAUAUUGCUGCAAAGUUGCAGGCUGAGCAGUUACAUGGUUGGUUGAACAGCGAGAAGUCUGUCAACGACGUCUUCAUGUUACUGAAGAUAGCUGAUGACGGCGUCUUAUUCGCGAUAAGCCGAAAAAUGGAAACGCUGGACGAAUAUAUCAAGCUUUUCAAUACGAAAAAUCCACAACGUCAGACAAAUUUGUUCAGGGCGUUACGGGACGGAUCCGGUGAAGACAAGUUUGUCGUCGUGGUUGCGAAGGCCAUGACAUUACCUAAAACUGCCGUUGCGGCACGCGGUUUUCAGAAAACGCUGUUUAAGCGGUGGAUCAAUCAAGACUAUGACCCAGCGAGCAUUUAUGUCAAGGUGUUCAAGGUUCCAGAGAACAACAUGGGGUCUGUUACUUCUGAAAUGAAGUUG